AUGGGCCUUUACCUCUACGGUAUUAUAUUAACUGUUUAUAUAGUAACUAUUACCGCCAAUGUCUUCAUCAUUGUCAUAGUUAAGAUUGAACCAUGUCUUCAUAAGCCCAUGUAUUUCUUCAUCAGUGGACUCUCUUUCUUGGAGAUCUGGUAUCCAUCAGUCACCGUUCCUAGACUACUGUGGGCCUUGCUGAUGAAGAACAAGUCUAUAUCUACAGCUGGUUGCAUAAUCCAAUUUUAUUUCCAUUUUUCUUUCGGUGUAGCAGAGAAUUUCCUUCUAGCCGUCAUGGCUGUCGAUCGAUACAUAGCCAUCUGCAAGCCUUUACGGUAUACGCUCAUCAUGAAUCCUGACACUUGUAUCAAACUGCUGUUGGCUUCCUGGUUUUUAGGCUUCAUUUCAGUAUUAGUUCCAUGUAUACAGGUUUCAAACCUUUCAUUUUGUUCUAAAAAUGAAAUUGACCAUUAUUACUGUGACUUUGCCCCUUUGGUCGAGUUGUCCUGUUCUGAUACAUCGGGAGUUCAAAUGGUUUUUUUCAUCUUUGCUUGUUUUAUAAUUUUUGGUUGUUUUUUGAUCAUUUCCCUGUCCUAUGUUUGUAUUAUCCAGACAACAGUGAUCUCCUUCGCCAGACAACGUAAGGCCUUCUCUACAUGCGCCUCACACUUAAUAGUUGUUACUCUCUUUUAUGGUACGACCAUCUUUAUGUUUAUCCGACCCACCAGCGGUCAUUUAAUACACUUGAAUAAAAUAAUAUCUGUCAUCCCAUCCAUCGUGACUCCUCUCCUGAAUCCUAUCAUCUACACUCUGCGGAAUGAAAAAGUGAAAGAAGCUGUGAAGAAGGUUGUCCAAAAAUUUUUAUAA